UUCCCGCAGCAGACAUACUGUACACACACACACAAAUCGGUUUGUAGCCUACAUUCACCCGGGUAUUCUGCUUGCCUUUAACCGUAUGACAUGAUGGAAGACUACCGCGGUGUGGGCUUCGUAACAAUGUUGCCGUUGUAGCAAUACAGACGGACGACACCAAUGGUUUAUCUAACGGUAGCUCAGUGCGAGGGGCGCAUAAUCAAGCUGGGUUCCCCUGAUGUGAUGUUCGAUGCCAGCACCUGGAGGAUUCGCAACAUCUGGGACGGCGUGAAACUAGAGGUCUCCGGGAAUGUGAGCCCGGUUGUCCUGCAUAGCUUCACCCAAUUGGACCCCGACCUUCCGCUGUUGGAGAAUGCGACCCAGGAGAUUGGCGAGGAGGUGGAGGACGGGGUGGUAUACACCAUCACCCUGCGGAAGGUGCAGAUGCUCCACCACCACCACCACCCUGGCCACCACGUUGGUGGCAGCGGGGCCAUUAAGGGCCAACGCUGGCUCGGUGUGGAGACGGACGCAGCGCUCAGCCUGUAUGAGACGUGCAAGGUGCGCACCAUCAAGGCAGGCACGCUGGAGAAGCUGGUGGAGUACAUGGUGGCUGCGUUCCGGGGCAACGACUCCACCUACGUUACCAUCUUCCUCUGCACCUACCGCUCCUUCGCCUCCACCAAGCAGGUCCUGGACCUGCUGCUCAACAGGUAUGCCAAGCUCCAGCACCUGCCUGGCUCAGAGGGCCACAGACUGACUCACGAUGAUCGCACAGAUCUGAGGAACACGAUAUCCUCCAUCUUGGGGGCAUGGCUUGACCAGUACUCUGAGGACUACUGGAAUCCUCCGGAGUACAGCUGCCUGCGACGUCUCAUCUCCUACCUGCACCUCAACUUCCCGGGAUCGGACCUGGAACGCCGCGCCUGCAACCUCCUGGCCCACUUCCACCGCCGGCAGCUCCAAGAGCCUGAGUUGCUGGACCAUGGCGGCUAUCCUUUCAACUUAUUGGAGGAGAAUGGCUACGAGGAUGACCGACUGGACUUUCUGAACUUUGACCCGGCGGUGGUGGCCGAGCAGUUCACCCUCAUGGACGCGGAGCUCUUUAAGAAGGUGGUCCCCUACCACUGUCUGGGGAGUAUCUGGUCGCAGCGGGACAAGAAGGGCAAGGAGCAUCUGGCCCCCACCAUCCGUGCCACUGUCACACAGUUCAACUGCGUCACCAACUGUGUCAUCGCCACCUGCUUGAGCGAGCGUUUGCUCAAACCCACACAGCGGGCCAAACUGGUGGAGCGCUGGAUCGAAGUGGCCAGGGAGUGUCGAAUCCUGAAGAACUUUUCUUCGCUGCGGGCCAUCCUUUCUGCUCUGCAGUGCAACCCGGUCCACCGGCUGAAGAGGACAUGGGAUGAGGUGUCCAGGGAGAACUUCCGCAUCUUCCACGAGUUGUCAGAAAUCUUCUCGGACGAAAAUAACCAUUCGCUCAGCAGAGAGCUGCUCAUCAAGGAGGGCACGUCCAAAUUUGCCACCCUGGAAAUAAACCCCAAACGAGCCCAGAAGAGACAGCAGCAACCCCGAGACCUGAGUGUGAUGCAGGGGACCAUUCCCUACCUGGGUACUUUCCUGACAGACCUAGUCAUGAUGGAUACUGCCAUGAAGGACUACCUGGACGGAGGGCUGAUACAUUUUGAGAAGAGGAGGAAGGAGUUUGAGGUGAUCGCCCAGAUCAAGCUUCUGCAGCUGGCCUGCAACAAUUAUAACUUCACCCGCAACAAGCGUUUCCGACAUUGGUUCUCCGGUGUGGACAAACUCACUGAGGCCGAGAGCUACAGUCAGUCGUGUGAGAUCGAGCCGCUGUCGGAGUCAGCCUCAAAUACUCUGAAAAAGAAGAACACAGGAAUCAUCAAACGCUGGAGCGAUCGCCAGCCGGCCAGCUUGGAGCCGGGCUACUGCAGUGCGGGCAGCUCUCACUCCAAGUCCUUUGACCAGCUGCGCUACGCCCCCGGCCUGGGGGGCUCAAGUGGAGGUGGAGGGGGUGACGGAGCAGACUCCCUGAGCGUCACCUCAGCCGGCUCCAGCAGCUCCGACGUCGAGGAGAUAAAUAUCAGCCUCAUCUCCGACUCACCUGACGCCCACGAGCGAAAGACCUCCACGCCUUCCGUAAAACAUUCCAAUUCCACGUUAGGGAAGUGCGGCCCCUUGCCUGACCUGGCACCCACGUUCUGGGAGUCCACUUCUCUGUCCUCCUUGGACGCCUCUGGUGUGGGAUCUGGCUCGGGCUCCAGCAGCGCCUCCUCCUCCUCCAUGUCCUCCACGCCCGUGGUAGGGGCCGGCUCCCGCUCGCACAAGCGCUCCAUGUCGGGUGUGUCCAACUACUCGUCGCUGUCACUGCCCCUCUACAACCAGCAGGUGGACGAUUGCUGCAUCAUCCGGGUCAGCCUGGACGUGGACAACGGCAACAUGUACAAGAGCAUCUUGGUGACCAGUCAGGACAAGACGCCGGCGGUGAUCAGGAAGGCCAUGGUGAAACACAACCUGGACCGGGAGAGAGCGGAGGACUACGAACUGCUGCAGAAGAUCUCUGAGCAGAAAGAGCUGAAGAUUCCAGACAAUGCCAACGUUUUCUAUGCCAUGAACUCCUCGGCCAACUACGACUUUGUCCUGAAGAAACGUGGCUUCCCCAAGGUGGGCCGGACCAAGCACGUGACCAGCUCCACACUGCCGCGCAUGAAGCAGAAAGGCCUGAAAAUCGGCAAGGGCAUCUUCUGAGGGGCUACACCAUGUCCUCUCCCACCUCCCGCUUCCUGCUGGGCUCUCUGGGUUCCAUCUUUUAGUACCACCCUUGCUGUGCCAUGGUAGAGGGGCCAGCCGCCAGCUCGGUCUUGUGUUCGGCGUCUGAGCGUCAAAGCCUCAGAGGACUAAUACAGCUGAGUGGGAUGGAAAGACCUAUAGGCCAAUGAACUUGCACAAAUCACUUCCUGUUAGCUUCAGCCCUCUGUGGAUGUCCUAAUCGAGAGUGAGCACUCAAGAGGGAAAACUGAGGGAAAAUGGUAACUGUAUUUCAUCCAGGUGCGUCUAAAAAUGCCUUCCCUCUUAAAGGAGUUAUACUCCCUAUCAUUUCUACAGAACCCUCCCUCAGCUGGUGUGUGUGUGUGUGUGCGUGCGUGCGUAAAGUACUCAAGCACUCAGAGAAAGAGCGAGAGAGAGAUGGACAGAGAUGGAAACAUGAAUGUUGUAUUGUGAAAUGAACCGUGGUCUUUAAAUGUCUAGUCUGUUUGUUCCAUGUAGUGUAAAGAAAAAAAGAAGAAUGAAAGGUCUGUCCUUCUUGUCCUUUAUUUCUCUCUUUCAUUAAGGCCUUUUUUCCUUGUGUACCAGUUAAUUCAGGAGAUAAAGGAAAGAGAGGAAAAGAAAGAACUCAAAUUAAAACAUACUGGUCCACUCCGCGUGUGCCAAAGAACAGAUAAGAGUGGACUAUGACAUAUGAUCAUAGACCGUUUUUGGGAGCAUGGAGAUUGCAGUGAGUUUGCUUGCUGUUGAGAGAUUCCUUGCACCACAGAUGUGUGAUUCUUUGUCUAUGACUCUGAUAGAAGAUCAUCUGAUAUGACGAGUCCUUGGUUUGUAGUACCCCAUGUCUAUCCAUUUCUUACAGUAUUGCAGCACUUAGGAUCAAACCUAACGUCCCUAACUAUCAGCAGCCAUGUCAGUGGUAUUGUGGAUUACAGUGUUAAAGCCUGUGUUCAUGCUCAAAGGGUUUUCUGAAAUGAUUGACUUUUUGACUGUGACCGUGUCACACUGUGUCCUGUGCAUGGCAAUAAACAUUCUAAAAUGGACACAGGAUUGGGUCUCUAUCAGAGGGCAGGCUAUAUGUAGGCUGGCUAUACUUUACUUCUAUAGCCUUUUUACAUAUUGUGCCAACCUGAACCAUAGUGUGCUGGCUGGCUCUGAUAUUUUAUUUUAACAUGGUCCUGUCCAGCACAGUUCCAGCAACUAUGGUUGAUGCAUAACUAGGCCAGCGCAGUACAGCUUGGCUCAGCUCAGUACAGUAGUGUAAAAAGGGUAUGUCAACUUCCACAACAGUUUUAAACAUUGAAUUUACAUUUCACAACACAUCCUUGAUGUGCCUAAUAGUAAAGCCAUGGAAAUGUUUUCAGGUGCUAUAAUGAUAGUUUUUCAUAUGUCAAUUAUCAUAAGGAUGGGUGGUCAUAGGGGAGUGGCUAUGGACACUCCUGGUGCCAAAAUUGAUGACGUUUGUUGUGCAGUGAGAGUCGAGUGGUGACGAACGGAUUCGGUUCAGUCAUUUCAGACAGUCUUCCUGAUGAGCCGUUCCCAGCAAGCUAGUUUAAUGCUCGUGGCUAAAAACGUCAGCGAGAACUUGAAACUUGUCGGCCGAAGUUGGGACUUGGGAGUGUUAAGAAUCCUUUAGUUUUUGUCUAAUUAAUAAUUUUACAAAAUGUAACGUUAGAGGUAGUACAUUUUCGGUGAAAAUCACUAUUGGCUACACUAUCUACUUCCCUAUCCUUACUGCGUCAAGCGGGAGAGAAGGACACGGUGCCCUGUGUUGCGUUGGCUUGCAGUGCAAACUCUCCCCAUUGAGCAGUGUAGACUGCAUAACGGUGACAUCCAUCUAGAUCACUACCAACAUUAAAUUGUUUUUCAUGUAGGCUGCUAUCCUACUCAAAAUAAAAUCAAGUGGGAUGGAACAAAUUGGAGAUGGUGACCAAAUCCAGAUGACCAAUACUACAAGUUGUUUCUCCCUCGCCCAUCCCUUUCUUUUACAAGUUUUAACUAGCGCCACGCUGCUGCUGUUGCCAGCUAGCCAGCAUAAACUAGCUGGGAAGGGCCUAUCAGGACGACUGAACCAAAUCCACACUCGACUCUCAGCUGCGCUACAUAUGUCUAUCACGUUUUAAGGUAGGACCCAGAUGGAGACAGAGACAGGCAAACGACAGGUCAAGGCAGGCAGAGGUCAAUAAUCCAGCGAGAGUGUAAGGCACCGGAACAGCAGGUGGGCUCAUGGUUAGGUGAGGCAGAGGUCGGUAAUCCAGAGUAGAGGCAAAGGUACAGGACGGCAGGCAGGCUCGGGGCAGGCAGGCAGAAAAGGUAAAAACUGUUUAACUAG